UCUGCUCCAACCGGCUGGUAUUCUGUUGGGACCCUCAUUGACCCCAUCAUGAUAACCCAUUGGUGGGCCUCUAACCUCCUAUGGUGAUUCCAUCCAGAGUGGACUCUACCAGAGGGUGCCCCACAAAAGGCUAGGUAAACCAUGCAACUGGUAGUCAGUUUCAAGAGAUCCAUGCCAGUUUCCCACAGUCUGUGCAUUAUUUGCCAAGAACCAAGUAAAGAUGUGCAUGGAGAAGAUGAACAAGAAUUACAUAGAAUAAAGGAGGCAACAGCCAUUGGAAGGAAACUGCAAGAUGUCAAAUACAGAGAGGCCGUUGACAGAACCGAGUUCAUCUUUCAUUCAGAACAGACAGUGAAGAGUUGUGUGGCCUAGAAAUUGCUAUGCCCAAUACACUGACAAAGGCAAAAUCCAGAGGUUGCAGAAAGAAAGAGCAUCUGCAACUGAUGUAUCACAUGUGGCGAGUUGUGGCGAUCCCUAAAGACACCAGUGUCUUUAAUACAAGAGAGUCCAGUUCUGUGAAACCUAUGGAUGGAAGAUGCUGCAUGUUUUGUCAAGAAGUGCACUUUAAACAGAGACUCAUCUCUAUAACUACUUUCAAGAUGAGAGCACAGGUAAUGAAGGCAGCUGUAUUUGACCACAAAAUGAGUGUUCCUUUAGCUGGAAUAAAUGACUUCAUAGCUGCUGAAGGCAAGUACCACCUGACUUGCUACAUCCCAUUUAUGAGGUUUGUGAUGAAGAAGAGUGAGAGCACCAAAAUUACUGACACAGCAACGCUUUGGCUUCAAAAUGAGCUUCAGCAUGCAUGUUGUAUGCUGCCAUUUUCCAUGAGAUAUGACCACACAAACUGUGCAAGGUGGGGUGCCAUCUACCUCGCAGAAAUGCAUCAGCUACUGGCUAAAGUGCUCAAGGAGUUCCAGCAAGGGAAUUUGGUUGUUAAGAGAUCAUGUCAGAAGUUCAACCAUAGUUCUGCAGAAGAGCUCUUCAGCUUCUCCGUAAGUGACUGGGACCCUUGUGGGCUGGAGAGGGUGAGGGUGGAUGACUUCUCUCGCCUCUUCCCAGAUGACACCAGCAUGGAAGGGGACUGUGGGGACAUUGAGGUGGUGGCCAUGGUUCACAGGACAGAGGAUGAAGGGGACUUGUUGGAGGAGAUGGACCAGCCUGGGCAAGAGGAGGGUGAAGGUGCAGAAGACAAUAAUAGAGGUCCCCAGGGUGAAGACCUGGCAGGAGAGGCCCCUACCAUAUUGCACAGGAAUGAAGAGAAGCAGCAUGGGACACUGGGAGGCCCACUAGACCAGAGGCGGGAGAGCAUCGCUGGGGAACAGGAGCUCCCUGGGAUCCUGAAAUGGCCAGUCAACCAUGGAGAACAGGAGAACUUAGCCCAGAAACAGGGGCACCCUAAGACCCUACGGAACCAGUAGAUGAGGAAGAACAAGGGAGUAAGUCCAUGGCAGGAGGGGACCACACCAGGCUUCAGCCACUCACAGGCCAGGUCUGGGUCAAGGAAGUCCCCCUCCAAGCCUGUAGGCACAAGGAGGCUUGCCAGCUCCUCCGUUCUGGACAACACCACAGAGAAGUGCCUGCCCCUGUCACCUUCCCUGAUGAUGUCCCCAUGGGGCAGAAGAUUUUGCUGCGAUUCCCUGAGACCUGCCUGCCCUGUUCAUGCCUCUGGUUGCUUGUGGCCUCCAGCUGCUUGUGGCCUCCAGCUUCCUCCUUUAUUAUGUAUUGACCCUAGGUCUCUUCCUGAGCUGCUGGAUCUCUUCUUAGAGCCAGAUACGAGGCUCCCUGGUGUGUGACAGGGGAGCAACACAUGGGGAACCCAGAAGAGCACCACAGAACCCAGGAGAGCUCCAUGCCCCUCACUCGGAGAAUUCAGAGGAGCUCCACACACCCUGGCCUGAAAAUGUCAGAGAGGUCCACGCUCAGCAGGCAGAGACCACAGCAGAGCUCCAGGCCCAGCUCUUAGCCAACAUUAAGAAGAACCAAGACUCGUUUUUAAGAUGUUCAUGUGUCUAACAGGUCACAUUCCUUGUUGUGUAUCUUGCACAGUUACAUCGUUAGCAUCCUACGCAUGCCACAUUCUGUCACAGGAACAUUGCCCCCAAGAGGCGGUUGCUGUGAAUACACUCACCUCUUAAGAGCCCGGCCUUGUCUUUCCCAGGCCCUCUGACCCAGCAGUUUGCGGCUAACUCGC